UGUGAUGCGCUUCCUGCUGCCGGUGUGCGCCUGGCAGUACCGCCACCUCAACAAGCUGCACCGUGCCCCUCGCCCCACCCGCCCCGAGAAGGCAAGGCGCCUCGGCUACAAGGCCAAGCAAGGCUUCGUGAUCUACCGCAUCCGUAUUCGCCGCGGUGGCCGCAAGCGCCCCGUGCCCAAGGGCGCCACCUACGGCAAGCCCAAGAGCCACGGCGUCAACCAGCUGAAGCCGACCCGCAACCUGCAGUCCCUGGCGGAGUGAACACCCACAUGCAUGCCGACCACAUCACCGGCACAGGCCUGCUGAAGAAACUGGUGCCUUCCUGCCAGUCUGUCAUCUCAAAGGAGUCAGGAGCCAUGGCUGAUGUGCACGUCGAGCACGGGGAGGUGGUGAAGUUUGGCGAGCAGGAGCUGGAGGUGCGACAGACCCCGGGACACACCAAUGGCUGCGUUACCUAUGUGUGUCAUGGGGAAAAGUUUGCCUUGACUGGCGACGCACUGCUCGUCCGAGGGUGCGGCCGGACCGACUUCCAGGAGGGAUCUGCCGAAACCCUCUAUGAGUCAGUCCACUCCCAGAUCCUGAGCCUCCCUGACGACUUUGCUCUCUACCCAGCCCAUGACUAUGUUGGACAUACCGUGACAUCUGUGGCAGAAGAGAAGGAGUUUAAUCCUCGCCUGACCAAGAGCAAGGAGGAGUUUAUUGACCUCAUGAACAACUUGGGCCUGGCAUACCCUAGGAAGAUAGACAUCUCCCUGCCAGCCAACAAGGUAUGUGGGCUGUACAACCUUCCCGAUGACCUGGCAGAGAAGCUGAAGGAUGAAUAGAUGUGAUGACAGUGAUGGCAGUGAUGGUGGUAGUGGUGGUGGUGUUGAGGUGGUGGUGCCUUGGCUACCUUAAGCUGCUGCUACACAGGGCAAGAUUCCCGCGGAAAGGAACUGUACUCUGAAACACUUAUGCGCUGCACCUCGACAACUUUCAAAAUGCUUUAGUAGAAGUGGCACGUGUUUUUAAGGGUGUUUUGUGGUUGUAGAGAGAGAUUAGCAAGGUUUCUGCAUUAUUAACAGGAGAAACGUUCUUGAGAACCUGUUUAAUCAUCUCUGUGGCCUUUGGAAAUAGUUGUGAUGAGAGAGCAGAGUGCUCCAGUAACCUUUUUUUUAUAAGCAAUUACUGAUUCCUUGAGCAAACAUUCUUACGAGGGAACUUCUCUUAUGCAGAAUGACAUCUGAAAAUCCUUCAGGUCUUGUAAUUAUUUCACUUAAAAGUAUAGUAAUCUUAGGUGGGUGUGAUAACAAAAAAAAAAAAAAAAAAAAAAAAAUGACCACAAUAACCGAUAAAUCAAUAACGAUAAUCUUAUCGGUGACAACUGGUAAUUGAUAACUGGCGAUAAAUUUUUUGCCCAAUAAUCGAUAAAUCAAUAAAUUCAGAAUUCCAAUACUAUUGAUAAAGAUAAUGACAUUUUGAAUAAAAAAAAAGUUGAUAAAUCCAAAUCUUUAUCUUUAUCUUAGAAAACUUGGAAAAAUCUUAGAAAAAAUUCAAAUUCAAUGCUUAUCCUGUCUCUUCACCAAUAAAAAGUGUUGCUUUAAGUAAAAUAACUACAUUUGACUCUGAAAGUUUAAAACUUCAACAUGUUCAUGUUCCAAAAACUAAAAAUUAUUGAUCAUUGCUAGUUUGGAACAAAGUAUCGACAAAGCUGAUGAAUCAGUAACGCGGGAAAAGUAAUUAUCGGAUAACCGAUGACCCGAUAUCGUUAUCACGAUAAUUUAUCACAACAGCAUCAGCUUAUGACAGUAGUGUACUUACGAAUAAACGUGAAAAUUUAAUUCAGACGCUUUCUUCAGAUAUGCACCGAGAUGGUAGGUGUGAACAUGGAGGGCUCAUGGAAGCAGUCACCCUCUGACUUGACUCCUGGCUGUGUGGGUGGGAACUGCUUGCUGUGGGGAAUGUGCCCUGUGUAAUAGUGGUUGUACGGCACAUGUGAUAGUAUUGUGAUGCAUAGAGGCUGCUGUGGGCUGGUCUGGUUAGCAUGUUGGGCACAAUACCAUGAUUUCUUGCCUCCCAACUCCUGGUGCUGAGAGUAAUGGUGCAUCUGUGUGUGUGUGUGUGAUCUGGCCAUCUAGUAAGGAGAGGGAAUGAGAAACCUAUGAAGACAUCUUUAAAACACCUGCUGAGUAUGGAUGAUGAAGGGACUGAAAGAGAAUUGGAUUGAGAGUAGACUUGUAGAAAGUGGAAGCAACAGAAGAUGCAAGGGAGAGAAACAGCUAGAGAAGACACAUAUAUUGGCCAAUCCCUGGACAUGAUUUCAGUAAGCAACCCAGAAAUAAAACUUGGAAUGUUGAGAGAGAGAGAGAGAGAGAGAGAGAGUAGCACUGGGAGGUUUUGUGCCUACAUGUUAAUUAGCACCACAGCCACAGUAGGUGAUAAGAGAAUGAGUUACCACAAGGAUUUUAUAGUUUGAUUUUAAUGUGUCGAUACUGAAGAAUUAUUUUAAAACACAGAGUAGUUAGGUAAUAUAUUUUAGUAUUUCCAGUAACUGGUGAUGGGUGUAAUGUAUUUUUAUGCACAAAAGCACAAUUUAUUUAUAUGUAUAGAAGUGGAUUGAAGGAAAAAUACACUGCAUACUGAAUAAUGCAA